AUGUCCUCGAGUGUCCUUCCGUUUGGACGAAAGGGGUUGCCGACCCCCCCGAGAUGGGCCUGGAGGCAGCCACCUUGCCCCUUCCAAGAGCUGAGCAGCAGCAGCCCUUCUCCCAACCUCUCCUCCUCCAGCAGGUCCUACUCGGAGUCUCUGGGCCCAGAUGGGGCCGGCUGGGUCCCGAUGCCCCAGCCUGGCCUGAACCUGCAAACCUUUGAACUGGCCGCUCAGAACAAUCAUUACUGCCAUGCCCAGAAGGGUCCCGGCAGCGACUACGACCGGAAUGUGCGGGCCCGCCGCCAGCUGUAUGUGGCCUCUGCCAUCUGCCUGUUGUUCAUGACGGGGGAAAUCAUUGGUGGGUACCUAGCACAUAGCCUGGCAAUCAUGACCGAUGCAGCCCACCUGCUCACUGACUUUGCCAGCAUGCUCAUCAGCCUCUUCUCCCUCUGGAUGUCCUCCCGGCCAGCCACCAAAACCAUGAACUUCGGCUGGCAGCGAGCUGAGAUCCUGGGCGCCCUACUCUCAGUGCUAUCCAUCUGGGUUGUGACUGGGGUCCUGGUGUACCUGGCAGUGGAGCGGCUGAUCUCUGGAGACUAUGAGAUUCAUGGAAGGACCAUGCUCAUCACAUCAGGCUGUGCAGUGGCUGCAAACAUCAUAAUGGGGUUGACGCUUCAUCAGUGCGGUCAUGGGCACAGCCACGGUCAUGACAGCAGCCAGGAGCAGAACCCCAGUGUCCGAGCAGCCUUUAUCCAUGUGAUCGGAGACUUUCUGCAGAGCGUGGGUGUCCUGGUGGCAGCUUAUAUUCUAUACUUCAAGCCAGAGUACAAGUUUGUAGACCCUAUUUGCACCUUCUUGUUCUCCAUUCUGGUGCUGGGGACCACCUUGACCAUCUUGAGAGAUGUGAUCCUGGUGCUGAUGGAAGGGACCCCGAAGGGUGUGGACUUCACAGCAGUGCGGGAUCUGCUGCUUUCAGUGGAGGGGGUGGAGGCCUUGCACAGCCUGCACAUCUGGGCUCUCACUGUGGCCCAGCCUGUGCUCUCCGUCCACAUCGCCAUUGCUCAGAGUGCAGAUGCCCAGGCUGUGCUGAAGGCGGCCAGUACACUCCUGCGGGGCAAGUUCCACUUUCACACCAUGACCAUCCAGAUCGAAGUCUAUUCGGAGGACAUGAAGGACUGUCAGGCCUGCCAAGGCCCCUCGGACUGA